UUUUAAAAUGUCGGUCCUUCGGGAGGAAAACGUGUGAAGCAGAUAAGUUCGAAAAUCAACGCAAAGAUGGCAACUGGUUUAAGACAUUUAAAAUUGCCUCUUAACCGCAAAAUAACUAACUUAAAAUCUAAUUAUUUUAAAAUAUCUAAUAGAAAUAAAGAUUCCAAUAAUAAAACUUCUAAAAGAUCAAGCUGGUCUCGCCACUCUCUUUAUUCGGAGAAUUUACACGAGAUAUCAAAUGGAGUGCCAAAAGCACUUAUUAAUCUCUGCAUUAUUAAUCGUUCUCUCCAAGUUUCUUUGCUGAGAACUACUACAGAAGAUCAUAUUCAGGAGAAUUUGGAAAAUGAUAUCAAUGAAGCUCACAAAGUUACAUAUUACUUAAAUGACACUGAUAAAAAGAAUGUUAUGGAGUCACUUAAUCGAUUAAUUUUACGAUGCCCAUUGAGUGAAUGUUCUUCAUAUUCUUAUGAUAGCUUUAAUCUGCCAGUUAAAGUCUACAAUCAUUGGAUGGAUGAUUUAUGUAUCAAAAAUGAAGAUAGUACUGAUUUAAAUUCUAAAAUCACUCAGAAUUUUCCAGUGACUGUAUUUUCUGGUUAUCUAGAUUCAUCUUAUUAUCAGAUGUAUUGUGUUGGUAUGGAAAAAGAAAACUCUUUAUUAAUGCUAUCUGAUUUUGAAGAACAUUUUGUGAGAAAUGCACACUCAAUGAGCUCAAAUAAAGUUCCAGAACCAACAGGUCGUCCUUCAGAAGAACAAUUAAAAAAGGUUUAUCUUUCACUAUCUAAUUCUCUACCUAAACUCUUUACUGAAGUUAUGGAUUACAGUAUUUAUAAUCAAAAUAUAAUAUUCGAAAAUAACAUUAGAGGGGUAACUACGCAUGGUAUCGCUGGAUAUGUACAGCAGAUGGCAUUAGUCAGGAUUUUGGGCCAUCUACGCUACUCCCAUGUAAAAUUAGAAAUACUAAAAAUAACUCAACAUCCCGAAGAUGGAACUGUGAGAGUUCGAUGGAGAAUCACGGGUGUCUCUGGCUUAAGAGUAUUGUUUAUGUUCUGGAAAUUUGUAUUAUGGGAAUGGAAGAAAAUGAUGGAAAAAGAAACGGAGUGGGUUGAUGGCUUUUCAGUUUUCUUUAUUGGUCCAGAUGGCUUAGUUUAUAAACACGUCUGCGAUAAGAUGAUGCCAGAUGAAGAAAAAGUUAGUUCCAAAUCAGGGAAUGUAGCCAUGAAACUAGCACUUUUAUUAGGAUUGGUGCCGAAGCCAAUAGAUUUUGGAUUAGAAACGUUUAUUAAUAAUUUUUUUAAAAAAGAAUUAUUUUAUGAAUAAUAAUAAUUAAUAGACAAUAAAAUAUAUAGAGCUUGUAACUUUAUAAAGAGCAAAAGUUCUGGAGCAGUAAAAACUUUUUCAGAAGCUUUGGUAUUUUUACGAAUUUGAAAAGCAAAUGGAGUUUAUACUAGAACAGUGUAUACAUUAUAUAUAUAUAGAUGUUGAGCUAAUUCUACUGGAAUUUGUUGUGUGUUCAUAAAAAAACAUAGUGAACUGCACAUUGUACUGUACAUUCAUUUAACAUUCAGAUUCAGUUUUUUUUUUCUUUUUUGUUCAAUGUGAAUUGCUUUUGUCAAUAUUCUGAUUUUGUCAAUUUGCUUUAUAAAUCAAAUAGCAUUCCAUAGAUCAUCAAGUGUAAUAUAGUUUAAUAAAAGGUUGUUC